GAGAAAUGGCAACACUACGUUCCUUGUCUCGUGGUUGUCCGUCUUGUUUUUAUUUUGGUAAUCUGAUACCAACAAUUGCGUGAUUAUCCUAAAGUUUGCGAAAUAUAUCUACAAUUCAAUGAAAACUUAAACAGUUUCUUUUAAAAAAGUUUCAAAAUGGCUAUGCGAAGACCACGAAUAAAAGCACAAGCUAAUAUACAACUUAACUCUAAACGUAAAUCGAAAACUGCGGAUGAGAAAGCGAAGAUUAGUGAAAGUCAUAAAGACGACACCAAUAGUUCAUUGGACGUUUCAACUGAAUUAGGGGUGCAGGGUAGUGAAAAAUCUAAAAUUCAGGAAAAUGAAACUAAUUUCAUAACUGAUAAUGGUCCUACGGAUGAAAAUGUCUCUGGUGGAAAAGAGGUUAUUUCUUCUCAACCACAAUGCAUGGCUAGUGACACGAAUGCAAGUGAUAACAUAUGCAAUAGCAAUGUAAACGCUAGCACUAUCGAUUUGAAGUGUGGGGUUACCCACAAUGAUGAAUCUAUAAAUAACCCAAAAACUGGAAAUAACCCAAAGAGAAAAGAAGAAAAGAAUGAGACAGCAUUCAAAUGUCCGCCAAAGGUAGAGCAGCGGUUAAUAAACAAUGGUAUACCAAACCCAGGCACCGACGAUGUUUUCUAUUCAGACAUUGAGGAAAAUAUCUUACAAAUGGAUCUUCAGAAAUCUCCAAGUGAUGUCCCCUCAUCGCCCUCUAAAAACCAGCAAGCAGCAAGGCAACGUAUAAAGGCCACUCCUAUUUUCGGUCAAAGGCGAAACAGUUUUGUGGGAUCCUCUCCAUCCCCUCACAGCGCUGGAGGAGAUGAAUGCAAUGACUUCGUUGUGCCAACUCAACGGAGGGAACGGCAUAUCUCCAGUUCAAUGAGUACAAAUUCUAAUUCCAGUUCAUCAUCUCAACUGCACCACACUCAGCAUAAAUAUCUGCCAAAUGGUGUAGCAAAUGCAAACACUGGGCGCGUUCGCACAGAGUCAGUAUGUUCGGCAAUGUCCGACACUGUUGCUAACAACCACAAAGUCCGUAAAACCGAUGAUCACAAGCAAAACUUGAAAAGAGACUUUGAAGCACGUUUCAGUAAUGGUGUGCCAGAUAAGUCAGCUUUGAAAAUGUCUGAUUUAAUAUUUUACAAUCCAGCCACUAAUCCCAUGGAACAGAAACCAAAUCCUAAUAUGAAAGUGGAAAACUGCGAAAAGUCAUCAAAUGCCUCAGAUAUGAAGCCUUUUAAGCAAAAGAAGGAAAAAGAUAGCGAAAACGAUGGAGAGUCAGUGCCUGUGCCGCAGCUUAAACUCAAUUCAAAUGGUGAAUUGAUUUUAGAUGAUAAAUCUUUGGUAAUAGAGACAACGGCAGAACAAGAAGCUCGCAAAGUAUUGGCGAAUUCAUCGUUAAUAUACUUGGACGAGAAUACUGGCAUGAAUGGUUUCUAUUCACGCCAAAAAAGAACUCGUGAUUGGCCUUCCACUGAGACAAUAAAAUUUUACCGUUGUCUUCAAACCGUGGGUACGGAUUUCUCUCUUAUGGUUCCACUAUUUCCAAAUAGAACGCGGCGUGAUUUAAAACUUAAAUUUAAAAAAGAAGAACGUAUUAAUGGCCAUUUAAUAAACAAGGCUUUACUUUAUCCGAAAACAUUUAAUGUUGAAGAAUUGAAACAACAAAUGGAUGAGGAAGAUAAAAUACGAGCAGAAGAAGCCGAGAGAAUCAAGCAACUUAAAGAGGCAGUAGCUAAGGGAGUCAGAAAGAGAAAAAAUGUACGAAGCCAUGCUGAUGGUGCUUUGAACGGUGCUAAUGUUUACGAAAAUGAGAUUGAACAAAAACCAAAUAAGGCUCGUAAGACGCAGCCAAAACCAGCGGAGAAAAGUGUUGCACCACCACCACCACCAACAUUAACAAAAACAACUGCAGUAAAUAUUGAGUCCCAGUUAGCCGUUGAUACCGUAGAUGUACAAAUAAAUCCUAUCACAACUUCUUGUACAGAACAAAAAGUUGAUAUCACAAUUUCAAAAAGCAAAAUAAAAACCGAGAACAAUAAAUUCAAACGACGGCGAAAGAGAAUUCCAAACAUAAAAAAGGAGAGUACACAAAAAGUGGAAGAACCCACUCAGGCCGAGGAUCCCAUAUCACCAUUCUCGAUAUCUUCUCCCACAUAUUCAUCCCCAUCCCCUCAUCCGGCGCCAAUAAAAGAUGAAAUAAUUAAAAAUGAACCCAUACAAGGUCCACUAUUUAUAACUAAAACCGAAGUGAGCGAUGACGAUGAACAAUUGGAAGAAGUUGUGGAAGAUUUUCUACAUUCCGAUGUACUUGAAGACAAUGACAAUAGUAUGCCUUUACCGACAUGUACAACAUCCUCACAAUCAACCACGUCGGCACCAAUUGCCGAAUCGGUCAUAAGUACUGAUUCUUGCGCGCUUUAUAUACAUGAAGACGAAUAUUGCGAGGAUUCAAUGGAAGCGGAUAUACAUUGCGAAGGUCGGACAUUUGUCAAUUUAGACGAUGGCUCGGUUACAACCAUAAGUGAUGUGAAUAAUAUGCCACAGACUGCCACAUCCGAUGCUGUCUAUGAAAAACAGGCCGCAAUAAAUCAGCCAACCCCGUCACCUUCGCCACCAUCUUUACCGACACCAUCGCCUGCGUUAGCUCCACAAUAUCAUUAUCCUACGCAAACAGUACACAAUUCACCACCUACCAUCCAGCCACCUGAUCUCAUAUGUAAUGACACCAGUUCGUCGUUAGCGUCUGAACGUGAAUUAAACGAGCAAGAUAUUGAGCACAUAUUAACAGAACUUGCAGAAGGAUCUUUAGUUCUUGUAUCAACACUAGACCCAGAUGAUCCGGAUAAAGUUCUAAAUGAAAUAUUUAUGGUAGACAAAAAUACGGGAGACUUGUGCGACGAGCCAUUGAAUAUACCCGAUAAUAUAGUGCAGUGCAUUUUAUCUGUGAUGAGCUAGGACCGCAAAUGCCAACGCCAACCACUCUGAUAUUCGGACUAUCUGUCCGAUUCAUAUGUCUUCUGCUUAGCUUGAAAGGUCUACAUUCUACUUUAUAUAUUUACGUUAUUGCUUUUCCUCUCUGGUAUACCUUUUAACAUAGGGUAACAUCUGGUGAGAUUGUUAUUUUUUUUAUAUUUGAUGCAUAUUUUUGCUGUAUGCUUUAUCAAAUAAUGUUACAUAUUAAACUUUUUCUAUUUCAUAAGUCUACGAGAAAGAGAAUUAUGCGUUCGUACAUAUUUCAUUUGUAAUAUUUAUUUUUUAAAUAAACUUCAUUGUUUCAUAGAAAUGUUUCAUAUUAUAUGUUAAAAAGUCCAGUGAGCUCACAUAACAAGAAAAUAAAAGAGCUACGAAAUUUAUAAAUAAUCGACAAAGCAAGAAA